AUGUCUCCAGCCUCGGAGCCGCACCUCCCUGCAGAAGACAACGUCGAUUCGCCGGAGUGGAGCGACCGCUUCAAUCUCUCCCUGGCGUUGAGUGUCAGUGGUGCUCGGCGGGGCUUGCCUCAUCCAAUCCACAACUACUCAAUAUGCGGGAAUUAUACGGAGUUCCACACGGACGGAUUCAUUCUGAGUCCCGAUAUGAGUCUGAUUCAGCACGAAAAUGUCAACUGUACCAUCGAUAUCAGAGGCAAUGAUUCACAGAUGGUGACCAUCCACUUCGAAGACUUCGUCAUCGACACAACAGUUCCCCAUGCGAACGACAGCCUUGUGUCGUGCGGAGGCUUUGCGGAACGAGUUUCCGACUGCUGUCUGGGAGCGAUGUUGAAAGUUUCCGAAAUAGGUCCGCCGCGCAGGAAAUACGUAGCUUUCAAAGACCUAGCUUACGACCAGAUCCAACAAAAUAUUUACUGCGGGAGCGGUAAGAAACGCCUCCCGCAGCCGUUCCUAUCCGCCGGGAGUGGUGUCAGUCUUCAAUUUGUGAGCAUCGCGAAUCUCGCUCCCAAGGGACGGAAUAUCACAAGAAUGUUCAAAUUGCGCUACUAUGUUUCGAAAGCUGGAAGUGACUGCGGGCCCCAUGAGUUCCAAUGUCAGUCUGAUAAGAAGUGCAUCCCCACCGCUUGGCGUUGCAACCAGAACCGAGAAUGCGAAGACGGAUCCGAUGAACGAGAUUGUACUCAGACCAUGUACAACCAUCCCGCGACCAAACGAAGUCGGUGGAUUUGGUGCGACCAGGACCAUAUAUUCUGCGGUAUGCACUCGAAAGAUUGUUUCGCGACUGCACAGCGCUGUAACGGCGUGAGAGAUUGUUCGAAUGGUUUCGAUGAAGACCAGUGUCCACCUGGCAGUAAUUAUGUUCUCUGCAAAAACUUCAUUGGCAACGCCACCCGAUGUGGCAGCACUCAAUACUGCUACGAUCAGGCGGCUCAGUCGUGCGACGGUGUACUCGAUUGUCCUCUCGGAGACGAUGAGAGGGGUUGCGACCCGUGUCCGGAACUGAUAAGAUGCGGGAAACACGCCUCAAGCUCAAACUACGGGGGCUUAUGCGGUUUCAACGAUAGUCAACGAUGCAAUGGCAUCGACGACUGCCAUGACGGCUUCGAUGAGAUGAACUGCUUGGCGGCAAGGUGUGGACCGAAUUGGGGGAGCUUCCUCUGUGGGGACGGCCGUUGUAUAUCCGACGAGAGGCGGUGCGACCACAUGCCCGACUGCUCCGGUGCCGAGGACGAGAUGUACUGCAUCAAGAAUUCGGUCAUCACUGCCGCUAUCAUGGGUUCCCUCGUGUGCGGCAUCCUGGUCGUGAUAGCGAUCUCAUGCACUUGCCGACUAUACGCCCUACGCUUGGUAUCGUAUCAACGACAACAAAACUGCAGCAGUGGAGUACCGGAGGAUCGGAGAAGGCGCAGCUCGAUUUCUGAUUCGGACCUUCUUCGCUUCGAUGCCCUGCAAGAUCUCUACUGCUAUUACGGCUUCAGGGAUCCUCCACCGCCGUACAGUGUCGCCGUUGCGGGAGACCCGCCCGUUAUUCCGCCGCCUCCCGGGACGUCCGGGCGGCGACGACGCUCGCGAACUCAUCAUACGCGAAUGUACACUUCGAGAAGAAGCUCAAACAAUCUAGUUACCGUAGAAGCUACGAUCGAGCAGGGUGGUUCGCAAGCUGAGCCGGCUCCACCGUCCGCGGUACACCCAGACGCCUCGCCGUCGUCGCCCCCUCCGCAGCCGGUAUCGCCUAAGCCAGGCCCAUCCCAGAACGAGAUACAAGCUCCGACUCAUGAAGAGUGUUCGCAAAGGGACGUCCGGGAACACCUCAACAAAACGGAAAACGGAUUUGAGAAUCCCUCGCCUACGGGAGAGAUCGAAUUUUCGGUACUGCCGCCCUCGAAUUCCACUGUGAUCGCGGUUGGCACGGACGCGGCUUCGUCGACUACUGAUGAUCAACCCUUGAUCGUUGAAUGA